GUCGAGAACGAUUUUACCAUGACGCAGACAAAACGCGCGUCCUAAUUGGCUGAUUUUGGGUGUUGGCCCCUCCCCGCGCGAAGAUUUGAAAACGGCUUCGUGAGAAAGGCAGGAGCUGAGUGUCCGUGCGGUAAAAACACAAUCAGACAUGGCUCCCAGGAAAAGAACCACGAAACAACGGAAAAACAACCCCAAGUCGGCCAAGCUAGAGGCUUUCCUGGAGGAUUUCGACAGCGAGGUGAAGACAAGAGUUGGACAACUGAAAGAGAAGAUCAACCAGCUGCUGAAAGAUGUUGACAACAGCUACAACAUGGCACUGAUUAAACUCCCCAAAGCUGUCAGGCUGAUGCCCUGGUUGGAGCAUUGCAAGUCUGAGAAACCAAAGUCACCAGAGGUGGACAAUAAAAAGAGAGAAGAGGAGGCUGCUAUUGUUGAGAGUGUUGUGGCUGAGGACCACACAGUACUCCUGAAAUCAGUAAAGAAAACAACAAAGAAAAAAGGUGCAGCCAAAUCCAGUCCAGAGGAUGAAAACACACCUAGUACAACAAGGAAGGGGAAAGCUACAAGAAAGCCCCCAACUACAUCAAAAAGAGCAAAGGCGCUGUCAGUCAGUAAGCAGAGCACCUCCAUCAGACGGUCGACCAGGAAGCCUUUGGUGACUCCAGCCAGGAGCAUACUGGAUUCUUCUCUGAUGAUGGGACCCACUCCCCUCAUCACCCCACGCUUCGACCCAAGGCUUCCCAAGACCCCUGCUGUGAGAGUUCCCCGCCACAAAGAGAGGGUCUAUAGCAUUUCAGUCAACGGUUCUCCCAUUGCAGCAGGAAAUGAGGACAUCGUCAUCAACGUCCCCAUCGGCAACGGAGAGAGCGUUCAGCUGUUGGCCAGUCAGAUGGACUCAGUAGACCUGUCACUACUGGAUGAAACUGCCCUGAAGAGCAUUCGGCUGCUGAAGAAUCGCCUCACCACACUGUGUGGAACAUCAGAGUGACCUAACCAGAUGAUAUUUUUUUUUAUGGAAAUUAGAUUUGAAAUUAGUGGUGGGGGGAUUUUAGUUGUUCUGCCUUUGCAAGCCUUCAAAGACUUGUAAGAUUAUUUUUACUGUUCGUUCUUUGAUUCUUUUGUAAAUAUACUCUAAUCCCACGUUUUUAUUGUGUUUUUUUUUUUUUGUUACUGUUGAGCUCAACGGUGCCACAUGCUUCCAUAAAUCAGCUUGCAUUUCAGUUAUUUGUGCAAAUACAUACAGUACUUCAUGUACAUAAGUUAAUCUUUGUCUGCAAAAGUCAUAAAGGAUUUUGACCACA